AUGCCAGGAUUGACAUUUGGCUGUGCAUUGUUAGAGAACACAAUUGAUAUCUGCCACAGCAAGGGUUCUGAAGAUUCAUACAACGGCUUUUGCACCUUACGGUCGUGCUGGUGUUGUAGGACACGUUGCGCCCCCCUUCUCCUCCCGCUCACUCUCCUCGAUGGGACGUCUGUGAGACUUCUGUGUGGUCGUUGGGCAGUCCUUGACAGUUGCUGUCCGCUUUAUGUCGCGCUCUCAAGCCGGGAAACAAGCAGAGGACCCCGGCGAGAGGUGGAAAGUGUGGGCUCGGGAUCUGAGGCACUCCGUUCGGAGGCCCUGUUUUCGGCACUCUUUGACCUUUGGCCCGCGCGGGGUCCUGUUCGCGGUGCGGCAUUUCUUAGACACCCUGCAGUCUUGUUAGUCACAGAGCUUCCCCCGGAGCCGCUGCCUGUGUCUGGCACCCAUAUUUCCUACUCGGCGAUGGAAGGAAAGAGGCUGGGUCAAGCGGAGGAGCGUCCUGGCGAGCGAGUGACGUCACCGGCCCUCGUGGACGUCAUCCCCCUGCACAUCCGGGGCGGUCACAUCCUCCCGACGCAGCGGCCCGCCCUCAACACACAACAAAGCCGCCUCCAGCCCAUGGGCGUGAUCGUGGCCAUCGGUCUGGACAGGAGGGCAAAGGGGGACCUCUUCUGGGACGACGGCGAGGGCGCGCAGACCAUCCAGACCAAGGAGUUCGGUCUCGUUCGCUUCGAGUUCGUGCAGGACGCCCUCACCUCCACCGUCGUCCAGAACGUGAAGGGAAGCCUCGGCGGCCUGAAGCUCCAAGACUUCGAAUUCCUCGGGGUCGAACAGAGGCCGAAGCACGUGGCCCUCGACGGCUCCGAGCUCCCCGAUGCCUCCUGGUCCUACGACGCCGGGAAGAGGAAGCUUCUGGUGAGCGCGGAGGUCGACCUCAACACGGCCUUCACGAUGGUGCUCGGGGAUAUCUGGCGGUAUAAGGUUGAUAUGGAGUGA